UGACAUAGAGUGGAUUGUUGCAUGAAAACUUCGAUAAAUGGAUCGCAUUUGCAUGAAUAGAGGCCUACUUAAACCUUUGUUUUAGGCGUGAACAUAAAAAACCUGCAACUCCGCCUCGACAUCGACCGCGGUUAAGAUGUCUUCCAUCGAACUCAAAUCCAAGCGUUGCUAGGAUGUUGUUGGAGUUUAUGUCGCCUUUCAUUAAGCUGCGGGAAUUUGCGAAGUCGAAAUCUUCGAGUUGUUGAUCUGUUUGACAUACCGUGAUGCUUUCAGUACAAAGUUAAGCAUACUCAAGGGAUUAACUGGGAUAAAUAAUUCAGGCUCUGUUAUGGAAGUUUCACGCGAUCACUUGUUCAUCAAGCUUAACUUAUUUUUAUUAGUUAUUGGUAAGUAAGUUUUACAUGUAGGAUGGGAAAAGGGACACAUUGAUUUUUAGGGGAAGGGGAUGAGCUUUUCUUGUUAUUCUGUGCAAGGUUGCAGUUAUGUUUCAGUCUCAGACUGUAAAUUUUAUCUUUUGGAGUGUCCAUAGAAUGAACACAUGUACAUCCCAGUGACAGUCACAGUAGAUGUGCCAUCCUGUGGAGAAUAUGAAAAUAUAGACACUUCAAUUUGUUUCAAUGACUUGCGUCAAUGAUUCUCAUUGAUGAUGAUGAUGAUGAUGAUGAUGUUGAUGAUGACCACCACGCUGAAGAUGAUGAUAGACUAGAAUAUUUUGGGGGAAUGAGUCAAUUUCAGUGAUUCGCUGAAUAGUUUUAUUCAGAAAGUGUUGAUUUGAUUGUUACAAAUGGUGCCAAAAUUGAUGAAUUGACCUAAUUUUUAUUUAUUUCAGCUAUACUUCUUGACUGUUCACUUGUUGAAGGUAAUGUGAUAAGGAAAGGUAAUUGAGUUACAGAGCAGGGGCGGAUCUAGGGGGAGGGUGCAGGGGGUGUGCACCCCCCCACCCCCCGAGAUGACCUGUGGUUUUCUAAUACAACUGGGAUUCUGCAAAAAAAUAUAAACUAUGUGGUUUAUUGGUGUUGAAGUAGAGCAAGAGACGAGUGCACCCCCUCCUAACAAAAAACCUGGAUCCGCCCCUGCAGAGGUAGGCUCCAUUACCAGCUGCCCUUCGGAAAAUGAGCCCGUGCUCCUCUUCUGAACAGUCUCUUCUCAGGGAGGAGCGGGGGGAAAUCAAGCCUAUUACAGAAGGGGGUUAAAAUACUGAAAUUGUUUUUGUUUUAUAAGUUCAUGUCCCCUGUUAACUACAAACAAACAAAUUUGAUAAGUAAUGGUUUGACCCCCUCUUCACUUUAAAAUGUUCUCUACCAAGCCUGGUGAGAAAUUGUCUUAGUGUCAAAUAAAAUUGAUAUUGUUCAAUGGAGAAGAGAACAGUUUUAAUAGGACAAAUACUGGUAACUAGGAGCUUCAAAGUAAAAGCAAGUGGUGGCAUUGAACCUUAGUGUCACUUUUAAUUUUACUGCAGGGCUCGAAAUUGCGACUGAUAUGGUCGCCAAUUCGACUAACAUUUUCUCCCUAGCGACCUAAAAUUUCUGGUUUGGUUGCCACUUUGGCGACCAGGUAUCUCUAUGAUUUAGAUUUAAAUUAAAAGAUUAAAGUUUAAACAAACAUUUCAUCUUAUCUUGCUUUGCUUUCAUGACAAAAAUGUGCCAAAUCGCAUAAACAAAGCCAGUUUACCCCCAAAUUUAUACCCACUUCUGACCAUGAUUUUUCAAAUAAUCAAAUCUGUUGGAUCGCGCCAAAGGACAGGGCUUCUGAUAGGUCGCAAAAAAAAGUCAAAUUUCGCGGAUUUUCAGAGACAGAUUCACGGCAAUUUUGGGGGCUAACUUUACCAAAAAACAAUUGGUAAAAAAUGGCCAAUUUCAUGGGAAUUUUCUGGGCAAAUUUUGUUAGAAAUCAAUCAAUUUUGCACUGAUUUUAUGAGCGUUUUUAACGUUUUUUUAACAGAGAUAAUCAUUGGCAAUUUUAACAACAAAGCACUCAAGGAAUGAGCCAAUGGCAAGGCUUUUAACAUCAUGACUAGUGCCCAGUUUUUCGGAACAUAAUUUACACCUGGUAGUUUGGGACGUUGUUUGCUUGUUGUGGUGAUAAAUUUGCAAGUUUACAGCAAUUAAACAGCCCCAGUAGCUGAGAUAAGUUUCACAUAUGUUGUAUUGACAUUUGUUUGAUAAGAGUUCUUGCAAAUGUCAUGGUAUUUUGCAUGUUUUUGUGAAUUUUGCAGGAUUUCGCGGAUUUACCUGAAUUUCAUGGCACUGUGACCGCCCUAAAUAUCAGAAGCCCUGAUACUAUGAGCUGCAUCAUUUACAUUAUACAAACUGGUGACUAAAAAUUUGCAUCUGGCAACUCUAUUUCUACAGCUGGUCACCAGACAAGCUGAGGACUUUUUAAUUUUGAGCCUUGUUACUGUGACAACUACAACUGAACUCAUUAUGAAGGAUAAGAUAACUGAAAUGGCACUUAAAGAAUAAUAUUGUUUCAGUGAACCAAAGAGUUGGCAAAACCAGCAGGUCUAAAAUACAGGUCACUUUCCACAGGUCAGAGUUCAGGUCAUCAUGCGACAGAGAAAUGAACAGCGCCAAAAGUGUCUCCUCGCCUUGGCGAUUUAGAUUGAGGGGAAAAUAUUUUACGUUGUAAUUUGUCAAUGGAGCAGUGACUUUUAGUCUUGACCUGUGGAAUGAGACCUGUACUUUAGACCCAGCAAAUUUUAUGUGAUGUCAAACAUGACAGUUGUAUCUCCUAGAUAAAAUUUAACUCACCUGCAUAUUAUACUCACAAUGACGAUCUUACAUCCAACAAAAUUAUCUUGUGAUCUGGCUACGGUUGUUCAAAUGGUGGAUAAUGCUAUCCACUGGAUAAAUCACUAUCCAACAGAUAAUGCAAUUGUUUCCCGUAAUACUUAUCCUCUGGAUAGUGAUUUAUCCAGGGGAUAUGAGUGCUAUCCACCGGAUAAAUCACUAUCCAACGGAUAAUGCAAUUGUUUCCCGUAAUACUUAUCCUCUGGAUAGUGAUUUAUCCGGGGGAUAUGAGUGCUAUCCAGCUUUUGAACAACCUGGGCCUGUUACAUAUAAAGAUUAGCGUGCAGCAUAGUUAAUGUUUGCCAGCAAAGCCACAUUUCAAUUAUUAAUACGCCCAACGGAAACAUUUUUCUCACUGUGAAAUUUAUAUCUUUCAUUUUUCUCAUGUUAGGAGAAUGUGGGACACAUCUGACCAGUACAUCAGGAACCAUUGAAUCUCCAAACUAUCCCAAACCUUACCCUCCAGGACAACAGUGUACAUGGACUGUAUCAGUAUCUGGGUCAGUGGAGAACAUUAAAAUCUCAUUUAGGUGAGAAAAUCAAUUGUAUGUGUGCAUAUCAGUCUAAAAACACAGUUCCAAGCAGCUGUGGCUAUUUUGGUGACCAUGUAAUGUAAUGUUUGCUCAAAAUUUUUAACACAAGGACUUUUUGGAAAAAUAAAUUAUGACUAAUCACUGCAGACACUGUAUUUGUUAAUUUAUCCACAGAAACAACUCGUUAUCUGAAUGAUGAAUAUAGCCAUCCAAAGUUGUACAAUCUCAGUUUUACAUAAUUGUUAAUGUAAUGCAUUGUACACUGUACUUUUCAAGACAGACUUGAUUAAUACUUUUGCAAAGCAUUUGAUUAUUGAGAGCAUAACUAACAAGUAUGAAAGACUUCAGUGUGUGCAUUUAGUAAAAAUGCUUUGUUGUGUAAGGAAUGCUUGAAGGCUAUUAGAACAAUCAACAUGUGUUACUCUUUUGAGAAGGGGAAGCUAGGUUGAAGUCAACACUUUAAUUUCAAGACAAAACUUCAUAAAAAAAAUUGAGAAUAGGGCCUUGUUUGCACUUAAAAAAAGCACUUUAUUUGAGUGUCAAUGUAUUUAACAUGAAAGUGCUAAUUGGUGACACUAUAUUAACGUCUCCUACUGGAGAAGGGACCGCCCUUUUACGUGGUCAUCCAAGCCACGCGAAGGUCUAGCCAUUUGCGGGGCAAAGGUAGUACCUUCAUUUCUCAGUUAUUUUAAGACCGUGAGUAUUGGUCUGACCCUGGGAAUUGAACCCGCUACCUCCCGCUCUGCAGUCAAGCACUCUAAUAACUGGUAUUUAGCAUUUGCAAAAAUUCAAAAAUUUGUUUAUCACCAAUUUUUUGUUUUUGCAACCUUGUUGGCAUCUGAGACAAUCAAAUUUUUCAUGUAACCAGAAACGUCAGUUAAAGGAACUUUAAUAUUGGUCAUGUUCCUGAAAUAAGAUGACCUAACAAAGGAUAGCUGUCAAGGAACAAAGGAUUUUGUUGUCUGACAAAAAAUUGUAGGCCUCCAAAUGUUCUCGAUGGCAUCCUUGAAGUUUGGUGACAGUUGAGAAAAUUUUGGUUGGUGAAAAAAAUAAUUUUUUAUUGUGAAAAGGGCCUAGGACACUUAUUUCUUCUUUGAUUUAAAUAGUACCUUCAAGCUGAAACCAAAGUCUCCAGGUGGCCAGUGUGUAGAUUAUGUGGCAAUAUACAGUUUACUGCUUGACAAAGAUAAGGACACAAAGAUGAAAGGGAAGUUUUGUGGAGAUUCAAAACCAUUAUCUAUGACAAUUACCCAGUCAUCUAUGACAGUACAGUUUGUCUCGGACCCAGCAGAUUCUGAUUCAUAUACUGGAUUUUCCCUUUAUUAUAAAGCCAACUUUAAAAAUGAUACUGGUAAGUUAAGUUUAGCGUAUUUUGUUUGCCUUUUAAACCCUUAAGAGCCAAUGUCUGUAAUUUUCGAGAAUCGGUUGACAGUCGUGAAUUUUUGAAUUUCUUCAUAUUUUGCCCACAUAAUCUCUAUAGUGCACGUAUUUCAAAAAUCACAUUAAAACUUGUAACGGCUUUAUGUACACUGUACUUUUCAAGACAGACUUGAUUAAUACUUUUGCAAAGCAUUUGAUUAUUGAGAGCAUAACUAACAAGUAUGAAAGACUUCAGUGUGUGCAUUUAGUAAAAAUGCUUUGUUGUGUAAGGAAUACUUGAAGGCUAUUAGAACAAUCAACAUGUGUUACUCUUUUGAGAAGGGGAAUUAAGCUAGGUUGCAGUCAACACUUUAAUUUCAAGACAAAACUUCAUAAAAAAAAAUUGAGAAUAGGGCCUUGUUUGCACUUAAAAAAAGCACUUUAUUUGAGUGUCAAUGUAUUUAACAUGAAAGUGCCAAUUGGCGACACUAUAUUAACGUCUCCUACUGGAGAAGGGACCGCCAUUUUACGUGGUCAUCCAAGCCACGCGAAGGUCUAGCCAUUUGCGGGGCAAAGGUAGUACCUUCAUUUCUCAGUUAUUUUAAGACCCUGAGUAUUGGUCUCACCCUGGGAAUUGAACCCGCUACCUCCCGCUCUGCAGUCGAGCACUCUAAUGACUGGUAUUUAGCAUUUACAAAAAUUCAAAAAUUUGUUGAUCACCAUUUUUUUGUUUUUGCAACCUUGUUGGCAUCUGAGACAAUCAAAUUUUUCGUGUAACCAGAAACGUCAGUUAAAGGAACUUUAAUAUUGGUCAUGUUCGCGAAAUACGAUGACCUAACAAAGGAUAGCUGUCAAGGAACAAAGGAUUUUGUCGUCUGACAAAAAAUUGUAGGCCUCCAAAUGUUCUUGAUGGCAUCCUUGAAGUUUGGUGAAAGUUGAGAAAAUUUUGGUUGGUGAAAAAAAUAAUUUUUUAUUUUGAAAAGGGCCUAGGACACUUAUUUCUUCUUUGAUUUAAAUAGUACCUUCAAGCUGAAACCAAAGUCUGCAGGUGGCCAGUGUGUAGAUUACGUGGCAAUAUACAGUUUACUGCUAAACAAGGAUAAGGAUACAAAGAUGAGAGGGAAAUUCUGUGGAGAUUUAAAACCAUUAUCUAUGACAAUUACCCAGUCAUCUAUGACAGUACAGUUUGUCUCGGACUCAGCAGAUUCUGAUUCAUAUACUGGAUUUUCUCUUUAUUAUAAAGCCAACUUUAAAGAUGAUACUGGUAAGUUAAGUUUAGCGUAUUAAUGUUUGUUUACCUUUUAAACCCUUAAGCCCUGUUCAAAAUAAUUCAACUUUUAUUAGUCUAUUUUAUUUUUUUGCAUAUAUAUAUAUAUGUUACACAUUUGCAAAAACACCUCUAAGGCCUAUUUUAAUACCUAGAUCCCUCAAGGUAAGACUGUAGAGAACAUACAAUGUAUUUCAAAAUAUCCGCUACUGUCCUAGCAUCUUUUGUAUGGACGGCAAAGUCUACUCUGUGCUCUAUCAGUGCCCAGCGGCCCUGGCACCUAUCUUUUCCUCCCUGGCGACUAGAAAAUCUAAGUUUUAUCAUAGAAACAUAUGCUGGGUACCCCUGGAUUUCACAGCUUCAGAUCACUGAGCUCCCUUUAAUUUCUCUUGGUGCACAGCCCUGAAAGUAUCAUUAAACAUAAACUUAAACUAUUGAUGAUUAGAAGGGGUUUUAAUGACACUGCCUGCCUGCCAGCAUCCAGUCAAGAAAAAUUCUUGGCACUACAUCUCUCUCUCUCCCAGAUUUUGUUUGAGGGAGAGGGGGUGACUGUACACAGGCUUUAUUUUACCAGUAACAGAGUGCAAAGAAAGUCAGUUUUACAGCCUACCUUUCGGGCAAGCAGUGGCUAGAAUUUGCUAGCCCACAAGUCAUUUCAACUGGCCCAAAACCCUUUUUGAUGAGCAGGAUUGAUUACAGUCCUUCUGUCAUUUGAAUUUCCCCAAAAAACAGCACCUACCCGUUGGGUAAGUUAAGAACAAAAAUCAGUAGCCCGAUAGCAAAAUCAACUAGCCCUGGCACGGUGAAGUAAGCCCAGUAUAAGAUUCUGGCUGGGUCUAUUCUGAUUUUACUAAGAAGUGCUUCUCUCAGUGCGGGGGCGGGGGCAGGGGCAGGGGCAGGGGCGAGGGCAGGGGGAGUUCAGUUAAAAAAUAUAUUGUUCCAGUGACUGACAUAUUAUAUCAUAUUGCAGCAUCUAAAGUGUCUCAGACAACAGUUGGCAUUAUUGCUGCUAUCUUCUGUGCCGUGGUUUUUGUUGGAGUGGGUCUGCUGCGCUGUAUUAUGAUUGGAGCAUGUAAUGUUUGCAAUGCUCCAAACCCACCACAGGAAAGGCAGGUUAUGGGAACCAAUGAUUCCUAUACAUUUCGAGCAGAUUUUCCUCCUUCCUACAGCACAGGUUAGUUUAAAUAAUAACAACGUAGACCUUCAUUUAUAUGAUUAAACUUUUAUGUGUGAUCUGAGGCUAUUUACUUAGAAUCAAAGAGUUUCAAAUAUCCUAUUCACCAUAUUCAUCAAGACCAUAAUGCACCUUGUCUACCCCUUCCCCGCCAGAAUUUUUGCACAACCAUUGUCUUUGAUUUCUCCAGGGACAACUGUAAUACCGAGGAGAAACUGGAAACAAUCGUUAUGUAAAAUUUUGUGUGGUAAACAAGGUGCAUUAUGGUCUCAGUGAAAAUGGUGAAUGGAAAAAAAAAGGAAUUAGUGCAAAUUAUUGGGAGGUUCAAAGAGUGGUAGGUGAUGUUCAAGUGUAGCUGAGUGUUUGAUUGGGGAAGGGAAGCUGAAUUACCAAGAGUUAUGAGAAAUCAAGAACUCCAUUCAUCGAUCUAUUGUAUGAAUUGCAUCUCAUUCAUUGUCUUCGCUGUCAUCUACUAGCUGAAGGCUCCCAUAAGUUGGAGUUCAUUGGUGCCAUAAUUUUACCAAACAUGUCAUAACUGUGAGUCCUGUUAGAGAGUACUCUCAUUUUCUCCUCUGAAGUUAAAUACCAUUUUCAAUUUAAGAAUUUUUUAGGAGCAUUAAAAUGUUCAUCUUAAGUUUUAGACUAAUGUCACUUUUCUGAUGCUUUAGUUUUAAGACACCCAGAGAGAUUUCCUUCACCAGAGUCAAGCCCCCAGUUUAGGGAGCUGAGAAAUGGAGAAACAGCUAGGAACUCUCAUUCAGCAGCUCUGGGCCAUGGUGCAACAUUUGAACUACAGUCAAGCAGCAGUGAGAGUGAUGAUGAUGAUGAUGGCACAGCACCACCUCCCUACCCUGGGAAUGUGCAUGAAGAUCAGGCUGGUGUUAGCAGAGUGUCAAACUUGGUUAGGCCCACUGUCGAAGAUGGUACAAAUGAACAAAAUGUCACUGCUGUUCGUGAGAUCCCUUCAUUAGCAGUGAUUAUGGCAAAUGAACAAAUUCCUGCAGGAGACAGUCCUCAAGAUCCAUUAGCAGAUUUGCCAAUCCUAUCGAGGCCCAUUUAUUCUUUUGAUGCAGCUAACAGUAUGAACAGGAAUGAAGGAGUUGCACUUUCAUCACAAACUUGUGGGUCUGGUAAUGAUGAACAAAUUCAAUCAGCAGCUAGUGCUCAAGAUCCAUUGUUAGAUCAACCUACUUUAUCCAGAACCAGUCGUAAUGAUACAGACAACAGCUUAAGUAGAGCUGAAGAACUUGAGUUGUUGCAGACUCAUGUGUCACAUGAUGAUAACACAGAAGAGUUUACAAUUUAAGGAACAGAAUAAUACCUUAAAAUACAUUGCACCAACAAGUUACUAGUACUUGUAUGAGGAUAUGAUGUAUCCCUUGUAAAUAUGCAAAAGAAUUGAAUAGAAGAGUAGUGUUGCCAGGAGGUGGCCCAAGCAGGAAGUUUUUGACUUGGUUGUUAUUUAAUUUAAUCCAAAGCCUCUUAGGAGAAAAAGAACUUAAUAACUGUGUGAGCACAGCAAAACGUUAUAAGAGGUAAAUAAUAGAUUGUUAAAAACACAGAUAUUAUUUUAAGCUUUUCAGACAAUUCAUGGCCAUACCGAGUUUCUGUCACUACAUACAAAUCAUGUACGCAAGGUUCUAAACCUGUGACAGCAGACAGGCAUUUUUAUGUGCAAGCAAACUUCUAUGAAAUGAUUUAGGAACCCUUAAUUGCUAAAUAAAUCUAAUAGAUCUUUGCCUGCUGAUUUGCAUGCUUGCAAUCAGAGAUUAUUCAAUAUAUGUGGGGUUUUUUUAAAAAAAACAAUUUUUUUGAUGAAAAAAUUAGGUCCAUAUUUUUAUGUGAGCUC